UAUAUAUAAACGUCGCCGAAAACACACUAGCAGACCUCUUUCGUGUUUUAGCUUGCAGAGAUCGUCACUUCUUGAAGGCGGCUUCUCCUCACGCAUCUCAUCUCCGCUAAUCACAAUGUCUCUGGUCGCGAAUGAGGAGUUUCAGCACAUUCUCCGUGUGCUUAACACAAAUGUCGAUGGGAAGCAGAAGAUCAUGUUCGCCCUUACCUCAAUCAAGGGUAUUGGGAGGCGUUUGGCAAACAUCGUCUGCAAGAAAGCAGAUGUCGACAUGAACAAGAGGGCUGGUGAGCUAUCUGCAGCUGAGAUCGACAACCUGAUGACGAUUGUUGCCAACCCGAAGCAGUACAAGAUCCCAGACUGGUUCUUGAACAGGCAGAAGGACUACAAGGACGGCAAGUACUCCCAAGUUGUCUCCAAUGCCCUUGACAUGAAGCUCAGGGACGAUCUCGAGCGUCUCAAGAAGAUCAGGAACCACCGUGGGCUGAGACACUACUGGGGUCUCCGUGUCCGCGGACAGCACACCAAGACAACCGGUCGCAGAGGAAAGACCGUUGGUGUCUCAAAGAAGCGUUAAGCAAGCCACAUGUUUUGCUAGUUACUGCUGCUUUAUUGGAUAUGCUUCAUAUGAACCGGCUUUGAUUUAUGUUUCUGCUUCGAACUAGUUUAUGUGUUGCUUUUGGAUAUUUGAAAUAGUUUAUGUCACUUUUGGAUCUUCCAAAUAGCUUGUGUGAUACUUUUGGUUCUUCUUGUCCUCUCUUAUUAUCUUUUCCAUUGGUUAAAUCUGUUUUUACUCUCCAUUGUUAUCGACCAUGGAUUUGAAGCCUUUACAGCAUGAAAAGGCUUUUUCCUCGUA